AUGACGUUCUUGUCGCAUGAACAGAUCCGUCAACGACGGUUUGGCUGGCCACGAGCGCGACAGGAUAGAUCGGAUCCUCUUCAACUGGACGACAAGUUAUGGAAAGCAGAUCAGCAGCAACAAAAGCGACGUCUUCUACAUAGAUUCAAAUCAUUUGCCAAAGGCGAACUAGCGAUUGUAACAUGCUUGACCCUUUGGUCAUUUUAUAUUCGACUUUGGAAAAUUUGGCAACCCAACUCUGUCGUCUUCGAUGAGGUGCACUUUGGUGGGUUUGCAAGCAAAUAUAUCAAAACGCGCUUCUUCAUGGAUGUUCAUCCGCCCCUAGCCAAGAUGCUUAUUGCUCUGGUGGCAAAGAUUGCUGGAUUCGAUGGAGGGUUUGAUUUUAAAGAGAUCGGACUGGAAUACGUGGAAGUAGAUGUUCCCUUUGUAGCCAUCCGUAUGUUUUGCGGCCUACUGGGUGCUCUUGCAGUGCCAAUGGCCUACUUGACAAUGAAAAAGACAAGUCAUUCUACUACGACCGCUUUACUGGUCUCAGCUAUGCUUUGUUAUGAAAACGGUCUUAUCACGAACAACCGUCUGAUUCUCCUCGAUCCUAUCCUACUGUUCUUUACGUCUGCAACUACACUGGCGUGGGUCAAUUUUCGUGACCAACAAAAAAACUCAAAGCCAUUCAAUGCGCAGUGGUGCUUUUGGCUUGGGAUGUCGGGUCUUGGGAUGGGGCUCACUGCAAGCUGUAAGUGGGUAGGGCUAUUCACCAUUGCAACAAUUGGUGCACCCACCAUCAAGAGUCUUUGGGAUAUUUGGGGCAACACCCAGAUUUCAUCGUCCAGCUUUUUACGUCACUUUUUCUUUCGAGCAAUCUUUUUGAUUGCAUUACCUAUAGCAGUCUAUAUGGCAAUGUUCGCAGUUCAUUUUUAUUCACUACCAAAUAGCGGGGAGGGUGAUGCAUUUAUGAGUCCUGAGUUCCAACAGACACUCGCUGGCUCAAAUUCUCGCAUGGGAGAUACACCUCUUGACAUUGCGUAUGGAUCAAAAGUAUGGAUUAGACAUGAAGGAACGCGCGGUGGCUAUCUGCAUUCCCAUCCACAUGAUUACCCAACAGGAAGUGGUCAGCAACAAAUAACACUGUAUCCUCACAAAGAUGAAAAUAAUUGGUGGAUUAUCGAGAAAUCACGGAAUGCACCGCGCCGACGAGAUACGAUGCGUAACGGUGAGGUCGAAUACGUCAAAGACGGUGAUAGAAUCCGGCUUGUCCAUGCUUUGUCAGGGAAAAGGCUACAUUCGCAUGAUCAACAGCCGCCGCUUGCGAACGAUGAGUAUCACAAGGAAGUAAGCGCAUAUGGAUAUCCAGAGUACCCUGGCGAUGCCAAUGACGACUGGUUCGUCGAUAUUGUAGCCCACGAUGGAAACGAUUUGAAUUCUAAGGAAAGACUGAGAACAAUCCAUUCGCGGUUUCGACUGGUCCACACUACACAGCAUUGCGCGUUAUUUUCACACAACGUAAAGCUGCCCGAGGAGUGGGGUUUCGGCCAACAAGAAGUGACGUGCAUGCAAGCAAGCAAGCUACCCAAAACAAUUUGGUAUAUCGAGGCAAAUGAAAAUCUUAAACUGCCUGAGGAUGCGGAGACGGUCAACUACAAAUACCCCGGAUUUUUAGCUAAAUUCAUAGAGUUGAACAAAGUCAUGUGGGAUGUAAACAAUGGACUGACAGCAAGCCAUCCAUACGAUUCGAGACCCCAGGCAUGGCCAUUAUUGCAACGCGGGAUCAGUUUCUGGGGGAAAGACGGACGACACAUUUACUUACUUGGUAACCCGGCAGUCUUUUGGGGCUCUUCUGCUGCCAUUGUCGGGUAUGUUGCCAUGGUAUUUUCAGUCAUGGUGAUGACGAAACGUGGCUACAGGAGCAAAUUUCAGGGGAUGUUCGAUUUGUACAACGAAGCAGCUGGUUUCUUCUUGACUGGUUGGUGCGCGCACUACUUUCCAUUUUAUCUUAUGGAUCGUCAAUUAUUCCUGCACCAUUACAUGCCGGCACUUUAUUAUGCCGUUCUUUUGUUUGGCAGUAUGUUUGAUCUGUCUACGGUUUGCUUAACGUCAAGGAAACGAAUGUUUAUUGCAGCCAUUGCAGGCAUUUGUGUAAUCUACACAUAUCGGAAUUUCAUUCCUAUUACUUAUGGUGAACCGUGGUCGCAAACAUCAUGUGAGAGCGCAAAAUGGACCAGUAGCUGGGAUUUUGAUUGCGCACAGUAA